AUGCAAGCCGCACCCCCUCCCAAAUCUCUCCUCGGCCGCUACCGCCUCCUCGCGCCCACAGCCGGCGUGAAGGUGAGCCCGCUGUGCCUAGGAGCAAUGAACUUCGGAGAAGGCUGGAAAGAAAGACUCGGCGAAUGCGACAAAGCAACCUCAUUCAAGAUCCUAGACACCUUCUACGAGAACGGCGGCAACUUCAUCGACACGGCCAACAACUACCAGAACGAAGACUCCGAGGCCUGGCUGGGUGAGUGGAUGGAAGCUCGUGGUGUGCGUGAUGAGAUCGUCCUCGCUACCAAGUACACAUCGCCUUACCGCACCUACAACAAGUCUGAGAUCCAGGCGAACUAUGUUGGCAACAAUGCGAAGAGUUUGAAGGUCUCCGUCGAGGCUAGUUUGAGGAAGAUGAAGACGGAUUAUAUUGAUUUGCUGUAUGUCCAUUGGUGGGACUUUGGUACUUCCAUCGAGGAGGUUAUGACAUCGCUCAACCACCUCGUCACGGCGGGCAAGGUAUUGUACUUGGGAAUCAGUGAUACGCCCGCCUGGAUCGUCAGCCGCGCAAACCAAUACGCCCGAGACCAUGGACUUCGCCCCUUCUCCGUCUACCAAGGCCAAUGGAACGCCGCAAAGCGCGAUUUCGAGCGCGAUAUCAUCCCGAUGGUACAUGCUGAAGGCAUGGGUCUAGCACCAUGGGGCGCCCUCGGCGGCGGCAUGUUCAAAUCCAGCGCCCAGCGCGAAGAGAUUGCCAAAUCCGGGAACCCAGGACGGCAAGCCGAGCCCCGUGAAGUGGACAUCGCCGUUUCAAAGGUUCUGGAGAAGGUAGCGGAACGACACAAAACGAUUAUUACCAGCGUGGCGUUGGCAUACGUGAUGCAUAAGGCGCCGUAUGUAACGCCGAUUGUGGGAGGGCGCAAGCCGGAUCAUUUGCUGGGGAAUAUUGAGGCGUUGGGGCUGCAGUUAUCGGAGAAGGACAUUGACGAGAUUGAGGGGGCUUAUGAGUUUGAUCAUGGAUUCCCGAUGACUUUCCUAUUCAAGGACGAGAAGAAGGAGGCGCAUCCGGCGAAUUCAUUCUUUAUGAAUGUUGCUGCUAAGUUUGAUUAUCCUGAUUUGGUACGGCCUAUUGUGCCGAAGAAGGUGGAUGACUAG